CCCUUUUUAUAUCUGAUAUAAACUUGUCUCUCUCUGUUUCUCAACUUGGGGAGAGGAACAGCAGUUCACAAGAUCCCUGUUGGCGUCAAAAGGAGGAAAUUCUUGCCAUGAUCUGACUAUAUAACCACGUCAUUUUUUGAUUCAUUCUCAGGACUGUUUUACAUUAAAUUAUGGUGGAAAAGGGUUUUCAUCAUUCCUGUUUGACAGCAGUGAGGGUGCUGCGAGUUUCUCUUGUGGAUGAACUAGAAGGACAGGUCGACUCUCUGGUAGAAUUCCUAGUGUGCCGGGAAGUGUUCACUCGAGAUGAUCGCGAGGAAGUGUUAUGUCAGCUGGGUCCCCGGAUGAGAGUGAGAAAGGUGCUGGAUAUCCUGGAGUGCAAAGGCGAGGAAGCGGCCAGGAUUUUUCUUAAUGUUAAAAGUCACUAUCAGUACUGCAAAGAAGCGGAUCCACCUCAGUCCAGAGAGUACAGCAAAGCGAAACAAAAACACAAAGAAGUCCUGAGGCGCAGGAGUGAGAGCAUGCUUUUCUACAACUCCCGGCACGGAGAGAAAAUUCAGUUUUCCGAACAUUAUGUCAAUCUUCUCUUAGUUGAUGGACACCAGGGAUUAGAAAAUAAAAGGCAUGAGGUGCUGACCUUUGGACAGAAGCGACUGUGUCAGCAGAAGUCAGCAGUGCAUGAGAAAAUCACACCAGCUGAACUGUUCUCAUGUGCAAAGGCAGUUCGUCCAGUCAGGAAGGUUCUGGUAUCGGGGGUGGCUGGAAUCGGAAAAACUAUCCUGGUGCAAAAGAUGUUGUUUGAUUUUGGGGGAAACAAGGACCACCUUGCCUUUGACUUCAUCAUACACAUGACCUUCAGAGACUUGAAUCUGAUUGACGAGCCCACAAGUUUACGAGAGUUGAUCUUGCGCAAAAACAGGCACCUUGCUAAAGAACUGGAUAACAUCUUGGCAAAUGACAACAAACUGCUGAUCAUCCUGGAUGGCUUUGAUGAGUUCAGACACUACAGGAGCUGCGACGUAGACUCUUUUGUAACUGAACCAGAUGAAGAUGCAGAGGUUAUGGAGGUUAUUGGAAGCUUGAUGCAGGGUGAACUACUACCAAAUGCUUCUGUGUUGCUCACAAGUCGGCCUGCAGCUAUCAGCUACAUCCCUGUGGGCUGCAUUGACCGCUUUGUGCUCAUUGCAGGGUUCUCCUUGGCCGAGGUUCAAGACUUCUUUUUUCGUUACUUCCAGGACAGGACCCUUGCUGACCGCAUGUUCUCAGUGGUAUCUGCAAAUGAACUAAUGCUGACACUGUGCUACAUACCUGCAUUUUGCUACAUUGUCUGCUGCAUCCUCAAAGAGAGCAAAGAUCUUUGUGGGGGAAGCCCAAAGACCAUGACGGAUAUUUACGUGCAGUACUUGGUGGCUUUGCUUCGAUCUCACACCCAAGCGAGAGCUGAAACAUGUCUUCAAGACCAAAGAGCGGGGGCCAUCCAGCAGCUGUCUGAUACUGUUUUAAAGCUGGGUCGACUUGCCUUCAAAAACCUACUGGAGCAUCAAACAUUAUUUUAUAGCAGCGACCGAGAGGUGGCAGCGUUAGAAGGGUCCAGCCUCGUUAGUGCUUUCCUCGACAAGACAAUUGCAGAAGAACCUGGGUUCACUGAAGAGGUCUAUUCAUUUGCUCAUCUUACUAUUCAAGAGUUCUUUGCUGCAGUUUACUGUGCGGUGACGGAUCACCCUUUGCCUGACGCACUUGAGCGCACAUCAUGUCCCAGAGAUGUAUCCAACAGUGGACACUUGGACCUUUUCAGCCGCUUCCUCUCUGGAAUCCUCUCUGAGCGCAAUGCCAGUCUUCUAUCUAGGCAGGUGGGGAUUUGCUGCCACAAAGAAAAAGCGAACGCAUAUCGUGAGAAAAUCAUCAGAGAACUGAGAGCUCUCUGUGAAAGUGGAGCCCACAUCCUAAACCAUUUGCAUUGCUUGUUUGAGCAACAGGACCCCUCGUUAGCACUUGAUGUGCAACCAAAGAUGCUAAGAGUUAAUGUUAGCGAUGAAACGCUAUCUCAAAUGGACUACAAUGCUAUCAAGUAUUUCCUAAACCUCACCGAGGGUAAAAUAUCAGAGCUGGAUCUUACUGGGACUGGAAUAAGCUGUGAUACACUAAGAGAUAUUCAACAUCUUUUGGGUAGAUGUGAGAGUCUUUGGCUUGGAGAAAACAACCUGGAUAUGGAAGCAGUACAGGUCAUUGCUGAUGUGUUGAAGGAAUCGGAGAAUAUUGUGUACCUCGGACUUGGGUGGACAAACAUUAGUGAUGACGAGCUUCUGGUCCUUGCUUGUGCAAUAGGGGUUAAAAAAAAGCUUCAGGAGUUGUGGAUGGAAGGCAACCGAGUGAGUUACAGAGGUCUGCUGUCAUUAAGCGACUUGAUCCCAGAUCCUCUGAAAAACGUUGUGGCGAUAUGGAAUGACCUGACUGACAGAGAGCCAGAGUGCAUGCAGACCAAGGCCAGCAUCACUGUGAAUUUCACAGACGAUGCUUCGUGGGCAGAGUGGCAGAAAUGGGUUUUUAAAAGGUGUGAGGUCAGCAGCAAUGAGAAGUUGCUGAUGGUACUUCACAAAGUGUGCAACAUAUCGACCCACCACUUCGAAGCUCAGUGGACGAAGACCUUCUACAGUCAACUUUCACAGCUCAUCAAGAGCAGAAUUGAGAGCUGUACCGAGGAGGACAUGUGCAAGAAGCUCAAAAAGUUUGACAGCUUUUUGGAGCUAUGAUGAAAAACACUGCCCUUAUGUUACAAGCUGUUAAUAAAUUGUUGGUUUGCA